CUCUUUUCGACCACCGGUCAACCACAUCACCUUUCCGCCAACUGGCUUCGACUCUCCCACAAAGUCAGCCAACAUGUCUUCACGAUUCUUUCACGGCGGAGAUAGCGACAGCGAGAGCAGCUCCUCCGAAGAGGAAGAGCUCUACAGCCACAGCGAAGAAGAAUCCGAGGAGGAAUCCGAAGAGGAAGAAGAAGACUCUGAGGAAGAAUCUUCUUCUGACGAUGAAGGACAAGGAGUCGGUGCGAGUCGUUUCUUGAAACCCUCGGGCGGUGCGGCCGACGAUAGCGACGACAGUGAGGAUGAUGACAGAGAACGAGUCGUCAAGAGUGCAAAGGAUAAAAGAUUCGAAGAAUUGGAGGGCACCAUUAAACUGAUCGAGAAUGCCGAAAAGAUCAACGAUUGGGCCGUUGUUUCAACAGAAUUCGACAAGAUGAAUCGACAAGUCGUUAAAGUCCUGCAGCAAGGCACCACCCCCAAAGUCUACAUCAAGAUCAUUGCCGACCUCGAGGACCUGAUCAACGAAACCAACGACAAGCAGAAGACCGGCGGCAAGAAAAUGAACCCCAUCAACGCCAAAGGAUUCAACGCCAUGAAACAAAAGAUUAAGAAGAACAACAAAGACUAUGCCACAGAAAUCGACAAAUACCGAGAUGACAAGGAUGCAUACAUGGAGUCAGAGGACGAGGACGACCACCAAGAAAUUGUCGAGAAGCCCCGCAAGAGCAAAGUGCAACGGUUGGAUGCCCUUGAAGCGUCAAUUGAUGAGGAAGGCUUCGCCACGGUUGGCAGAGGUGGAAAAACCCUGGUCUAUACUCCCGAGAGCAUCCUGAAGCACUUGAGAUCCAUUGUCGAAUCCCGUGGCAAGAAGAACACCGACCGAACCGAGCAGAUCCGGAUUAUGGAAAGACUUCUCGAAGUUGCGGUCAGCCCUUAUCAGAGAAUCCGGGUUUUGUUGACUUUGAUUUCUACACGGUUUGAUGUGACUGCAUCGUCCGUCCAGGCUUAUAUGUCACAAGAGUCAUGGCGAGCUGCAGAGCGUGAACUUUCUGCCUUGCUCGAGACUUUGGAGGCAGAGCCCAGCUGGAUCGUUGUUGAAGGUGCCGAUGAGUGGGAGGAUGAUGACAAGACGCCCAGCGUCGAAAAGGGAGAGAUCUUCAAGAUUCCUGGCAGUGUUGUCUCAUUAGUUGAACGACUCGACGACGAAUUGGCACGAUCACUGCAACAAACCGACCCCCACACAGCCGAAUACAUCGAGCGACUUGGUGACGAACAAUCCCUAUAUGCUGGCAUUCUCCGAACCCUCAUCUACAUUGAAACUAUCAACAAGAAACUCGAGAAGUCGGAGAGUCGGCAAGAUAAUGUUAAUCGGGUCACCAUCCGUCGCCUCGAACAUGUCUACUUCAAACCUACUUUGGUGGUCAAGAUCCUCGAAGAGAAAGCGUGGGCUGCGUUACCGCCGGCACUCAACUCAGAAUUGACACCUCGAGGUCAGUACACCGAAGUUUCCGAGCUGGUCCAGAAACUCUGCAACCAUCUGUUUGAAAACAGCGAAGGCAUCAUCCGGGCUCGUGCCAUGCUGUGCCAGAUUUAUUUCCUCGCACUCCAAGACGAAUACUACCGGGCUCGUGAUCUCGCACUGAUGAGCCAUCUGACCGAGAACAUCUCAUCCUUUGACGUCAGCACACAAAUCCUAUUCAACCGAACGCUCGUCCAGAUCGGACUGUGUGCGUUCCGCGCCGGUCUGUGCUACGAAGCCCAAGGAGUUCUUCAAGAAAUCUGCGGUUCUGGCCGACAGAAGGAACUCCUAGCUCAAGGCGUCAUCAUGCAAAGAUACUCCACCGUGACACCUGAGCAAGAACGCUUGGAACGACAACGCCAACUUCCAUUCCACAUGCACAUCAACCUUGAACUUCUCGAGUGCGUCUAUCUGACAUGCAGCAUGCUUCUUGAAAUUCCUCUACUGGCACAAACAGGAUCAUCGCCAGACGUGCGCAAGCGAGUCAUCUCCAAGACGUUCCGACGAAUGCUCGAGUACACGGAGCGACAAGUAUUCCAAGGUCCACCAGAGAACACACGGGACCAUGUGAUGCAAGCAGCCAAGGCGCUGGCGCAAGGCGAUUGGAAGAAGACUCAAGAGCUGAUCUCCAAGAUUGCCAUCUGGGACCUACUGGGAUCAGACAAGGACAAAGUCAAGGAGAUGCUGUCUGCACAAAUCCAAGAAGAAGGUCUACGGACAUACCUGUUCACAUACGCGCCAUACUACGACACACUGUCCAUCACAACCCUGGCCAGCAUGUUUGAACUCGACGCAAAGACCAUCUCAGCCAUCGUCUCCAAGAUGAUUUCACACGAGGAACUUGCCGCCGCACUUGACCAGGUCAACGACGCCAUCGUCUUCCGCAAGGGCGUCGAGCUGUCCCGUCUGCAGAGCCAGGCCAUCACGCUAAGUGAAAAGGCGAUGGGUAUUCUCGAAUCCAACGAAAAGGUCCUAGAGACCAGAACUGCCGGUAUGGUCAAUGCCUUCCAACGCGAUCAAGGCGGUCGAGGCGGUCGAGGCGGUCGUGGUCGUACUGGUGGCGGUCCGGCUGGUCUGCCUAGAGGUCAGCCCGGUCAGAGGAGACAACCUGGUGGUCAACAGUUCAGUGGUGGUGCUUUAGGCAAUGCCAUCAAGACUUAGUUACUAGUGGGAGAGAAAUGGGGAAUGGGAUAUGUGCAUGUAGUUGGCCACCUUUUUUUUCUUCUCCUUGAUCUCGUCCAUUCAUUAUGAAGAUGAAGACGAACAUGCAUUCAAGGAGAAUGGGGCCUUGGGCUUUUGUUUGUAGAAUGGCAGACAGACAGACAGACAAAUGACUUGUAUGAGUUCGAAAAGGAAUUCACAUGAUGUUUUGA